AUGCCUUCCCACCGAGCCUCCUCGUCCAACCUAAAGGAUGCCGUCAGGCUUGGAUCGACCACAGCAAUCCAGUCUAUCCCAGCUGCACUUGUCUACCCUACAUAUGCACCAGUACUUGCCACCCACCUCUCAAGUGAUAAAAUACCCGGACAACUACCAGACCACACCUCUGAUUCACUAUCUUGGCGAUCUAUAAACAUUGCUUUGGAGUGCAUUCAUUCUCUGGAUCGAGGUCUUCAAGUGAUUGCUACCACAGGCCAAGAGAGACUCAUAUCUUCUAUCAUAUUACCACUCUGGCUGGACAUUCACGCAUGGUCGCUUUAUCUCUUACGAUGCAUCCAAUCCUUGGACAAGGAGGAGCGCCAAAAAUUCCUUCAAUGCGGAUGCUGCUGCCACCAAAUCAAUAUCCUCACCCGCGUCCUCUCUCUCCUUAUUGACCUGACCGAGCCUGCUGAAUCCCGCCCUUUCGUCACGUCCUCUCGCGCGCUUUUCCUCGUGGCUCUAGAGCUGUGGCCCUCUACAGCUGACAGAUCGCCUGGUUGGGUGGACUUCUCCUGCAUAUGCGCCUUUCUCUGCGUGUGUUUGCAUGGACAAAACGACAUCAACGCGCCCAGCGUAUUUCCACACGCCGCUAUCAUUCAGGAGCUCGAAAGUCAAGCUAUGGACACUGCACGAAUGCAUCUGACGUGUCUUCUCCUCGAAGCACAUCGACCCGAGCUGAACGUUGUCAACCUCGAAGCGCAAUAUACAUUGAUGACUUGCCUUGCUGCCGCUUCACCGACCUUACGUGAGGCGUAUCUAGACCACAGCGCUGUUCGCUGGACGGGAAUUGUUCUAUCUCGCCUCACAUCUCAACAGUCUGCCUAUGCUCCUCGCGCGCAGAUCCAUGUCGAGAGAUGCUUGAUGGCCGGCGCUCUGUUCCUCAUCGAGCAUGUCGGGGACGACUUACGCCGCAUGUCGUCCACCGUGAUACGAUCUGUUCUCAGAGGCGAGAAACUCCUUUCCGGGAUGCAGGAUAUCCAAGAAGACGCCAGCCAUGCAAGGAAGUACUUUUCCCAACUCCUGGAUGAGAUAGCCAAGUAUACUGUCUUUCGAUCGGCACUGCAACGUAUCGGAAAAGGGAUCAGAUCCGCGGAACAAACGCAGCUCGAUGUCGGGCUCUCUCAAGGCGACGUGUUGAAAGCGUGGAAUCGCCUGAAGGAUAUCGUGGAAGAGAGGACUGCGCUGGAGCGGGAGCAUCUUUGGGAAGGAAUACGUUGCUCUGAUAUUUCGUGCGCUACUACUAUCCAAGGGACCCAGUACCAGGUCUGCUCAAGAUGUCGACACUCGGUGUACUGCUCUGUGGACUGCCAGAGAGAAGACUGGUCGGAACACAAGCUUGGAUGCCGUUUGCCGGCUCCUUCUCCGAUCGACGAGCAGUUCAUCUCCUUCCUUGCAAGGCGGGCCGCCAGGAACCUCCCGGGCAAUAUAAGCGCCAAGAUUGACUUCCGGACUGUGCCGCCAACUUGUACCGUCCUUGGAACUGACGCAUUUCGAGCAUGGGAUGGCAUGGAGGACAUUUGUAGCAGAUUCCCCGACGAUUUGAUAAACCUCCUUCAUGUUUUGACCCCCGGACAGGAUGACGCUGGUGUUGGACGGCUUCUGGUUAAUAUUCCUUCUUUGGGAGUGGGGGUAAUGUUACACUAG